AUGAGUUUGGGUCCGGGGAAGGAGGGAGUGGGGAGAGAAGCGGGGCUUGGAGGCGGAAGACGCUGCCAGAGCCAGGAAGACCCCCUUCCAGACUGCGGGGCUCGUGCUCUGGGACGGACGGGCGGGCGGCGCUGCCGCAGCCUGCGUGGGCGGACGGGCGAGCAGGCGACGGGCAGCGGCAGGAUGGACCUGGAAGCCUCGCUGCUGCCCACUGGUCCCAAUGCCAGCAACACCUCGGAUGGCCCCGAUAACCUCACCGCGGCCGGGCCACCUCCUCGCACAGGGAGUGUCUCCUACAUCAACAUCAUCAUGCCUUCUGUGUUCGGCACCAUCUGCCUCCUGGGCAUCAUCGGGAACUCCACGGUCAUCUUCGCAGUGGUGAAGAAGUCCAAACUGCACUGGUGCAGCAAUGUCCCCGACAUCUUCAUCAUCAACCUCUCGGUGGUGGACCUCCUUUUUCUCCUGGGCAUGCCCUUCAUGAUCCACCAGCUCAUGGGCAAUGGUGUCUGGCACUUUGGGGAGACCAUGUGCACACUUAUCACGGCCAUGGACGCCAACAGUCAGUUCACCAGCACCUACAUCCUGACUGCCAUGGCCAUUGACCGCUAUUUGGCCACUGUCCACCCCAUCUCCUCCACCAAGUUCCGGAAGCCCUCUGUGGCCACCCUGGUGAUCUGCCUCCUGUGGGCCCUCUCCUUCAUCAGCAUCACCCCCGUGUGGCUCUACGCUAGGCUUAUCCCCUUCCCAGGGGGCACGGUGGGCUGCGGCAUCCGCCUGCCCAACCCAGACACUGACCUUUACUGGUUCACCCUGUACCAGUUCUUCCUGGCCUUUGCCCUGCCCUUCGUAGUCAUCACAGCCGCGUAUGUGAGGAUCCUGCAGCGCAUGAUGUCCUCGGUAGCUCCGGCCUCUCAACGCAGCAUCCGGCUGCGGACAAAGAGGGUGACUCGCACGGCCAUCGCCAUCUGCCUGGUCUUCUUUGUGUGCUGGGCUCCCUACUAUGUGCUACAGCUGACCCAGCUGUCCAUCAGCCGCCCAACACUCACCUUUGUCUACCUAUACAACGCAGCCAUCAGCUUGGGCUACGCUAACAGCUGCCUCAACCCCUUUGUGUACAUCGUGCUCUGUGAGACAUUCCGCAAACGCCUGGUCCUGUCAGUGAAGCCUGCCGCCCAGCUUCGAGCCGUCAGCAAUGCCCAGACAGCCGACGAGGAGAGGACAGAAAGCAAGGGCACCUGA